UUACAAAAAGAUUGUCUGCCCCAUCUCCGGUCAACUGUGAUUAUGCCUCAAUACAGAGUUUUUAUUGCAAUAGUCUGACCCGAUAAAUGUUAUAGCAAUAUGUGAAAUGGUCUGUGAAUGGUAAAUUGUGAGGUGAGAAAAUGUGAGAGACAUCAGCAUCUCUGAAAACAUCAGGACUGCAAUGUGAGAAGCUCAGUAGCCUACGGCGAUUGUCUGUGUAGGCUAUCCACAGGGAUGCAGCCUCUGCGGUGGAUUAUUGGCUACUGUGCGCGUAAUGGCGCACACUAACCGGCCACUACUGAAUUUUAGGAGUGCUAGUCCAAUGUAGGUGACGAUAUGCAGCCUAACCGGAAAAAAAACAAAUGUCGGGUAGACCCAGCUGUCAGCUGCAGAAACCUAAAUAGGCGGCCUCUCCAGAGACUCACGCGUCAGAUGAAUAGACAGUUUACAGCUUGCUUCUUUCUCUAAUCUCCUCCUGACGACAGCAAUACUGACUCUAUGUUUAAAAUUAUGACUGUUGCAGUUUGAGUUUCAUGACCCGAUCAGUUUGUGCUGAUUCAAGAGACAAUCGCUCCUCGGUUUGACUUGGGCUGCUGAAGUUAAAGAGAAUCUGAACGUGACAUGCCGUCUGGAUUUUUGAAGAUGUGCUCGCGACUUGUAUUUACCAGGAAUUUACAGUAGUUACUUUCACUCGUAGGCUACAUUCAAAGCGGUAUGUUUCCCGAAAUUAAUAACAAGUCUUCUAGAGGAGAGGCUUUCCCCCACUCACACAGGCUCCAGACCCAACUGGGAACCAACCGACCCUAUUCACAGAAAUUGAACUCUGGCGUAGUGACCUUGCCCCAGCUGGAGCCUGCGGUUAUACAGGUUGUUGUCAGCAAUGCCAAACUCCCCCACCAGCAGUCCGAUAGCAUCCUGCCCCACAUCGCCAACAAGGGGGUGCAGAGCAACUACCAGACACACCAGGAUGAGAGACCAAAGCCCUCCUCCCAGUUCUCCACAUGGUUUGGCUCCUCAGUGGAGCACCUAUCUGACUCUAUCACCACCAAGGGUCUCAGCAACAAGCUGGAGGAGGCAAAGCUUUAUAAAGGACAGAGGCUGCCCAUGUCUCCCACAGAGGCACUGAGGCACUUCCAAGGGCGUCUGACAGAGUUUGAGCAGCAGGAGAUCAUGGACUACUCAGAGAUCUGGUUCCUGGGUCUGGAGACUAAGAAGAUCAAGGCCUCUCAUGGAAUUCCUCAGAAUGCAGGCUACGACGACGAGCACGGCAGCUACAACAAGGUUCUGCACGACCACAUUGGCUUCCGCUUCGAGGUGCUGGAGGUGAUUGGGAAAGGAUCAUUUGGACAGGUCCUGAAAUGUCUGGACCACAAGACCCAAGAGCUGGUCGCCAUCAAGGUCAUUCGCAACAAGAAAAGGUUUCACCACCAGGCCCUAGUGGAACUGAAGAUCCUGGAUGCUGUGAGGAGGAAAGACAGGGAAAUGUGCCACAAUGUCAUCCAUAUGAAAGAAUACUUCUACUUCCGCAACCAUCUCUGCAUCACCUUCGAGCUGCUAGGAGUCAACCUGUAUGAGCUGAUCAAGAAGAACAACUUCCAGGGCUUCAGUCUUGCCCUGAUCCGUCGUUUCACCCGCUCCCUGCUCAAGUGCCUGCAGAUGCUGCAUAAGGAGAAGAUCAUUCACUGUGACCUCAAACCGGAGAACAUACUUCUGUCUCAGAAAGGACAAGGAAAUAUAAAGGUGGUUGACUUUGGGUCCAGCUGUUAUGAGCAGCAGAGAGUCUACACCUACAUCCAGAGUCGUUUCUAUCGCUCCCCAGAGGUUAUCCUGGGACACCCCUACAGCAUGGCCAUCGACAUGUGGAGUCUGGGCUGCAUCAUGGCUGAGCUCUACACCGGCUUCCCCCUAUUUCCUGGGGAGAGCGAGGUGGAGCAGAUCGCGUGCAUCAUGGAGGUACUUGGAAUGCCUCCCAAUGAUUUUGUGCAGACAGCAUCGAGGAGAAGGAUGUUUUUCGACUCCAAAGGAAACCCCAGAAACAUCACAAACAGCAAAGGGCGGAAGAGGCGACCCAACUCCAAAGACCUGGCCAGCGUUUUGAAGACCGACGAUCCUCUCUUCCUGGACUUCCUUCAACACUGCCUCACGUGGGAUCCAACCAAGCGUAUGACACCAGACGAAGCGAUGCAACAUGAGUGGAUCCAGGAGGCUCGUCUAAACAAGCCCCGGCCCAAAACACGACCCAUGAUUUGGAAGCCCAGGGAAAACGUGAGCAGUACAGAAAAUAACUAUGAGGCUACUUACCGCAAAGUAGUCACUAACAGGACAGCUGAGAAGAUUGGGUCCGAUAGCAACGACAAGCUGAAAAGAGACCUCUCUGCCAAGGCAGGGGGCAAGAUGGUGACCACCGAGCGACUGCAUCCCAUUGGAGCGUCUGCAGAGGUGGAGUUGUGUGAGGGCGUGGUCAAGGUCAACAGGGACACCAAUCAGGAGGCGCGUGGGGAGAGGUCCGUGCACAUCAUCAUCAAGCCUCAACUAGACGUGGGCUCUGACGGAGAUUAGGAGUUGUCCCAGUGUCUGCCCCCUGUGGUGGCAUUUUUCUGCUUUAUUAAAUGAGGAGAGUUACAAACUACACACCAGUCAGAGUUAUACUUAAACUCCAUCUUUAAUAAUAAUAAGCUUUGCAAUAGCCUUUUUGACGUUCAAUGAUGUGCUAUCUCUAAUGAACCAUUGAAAAGUACCAACAGAAAAGUACAAAGAUCUUUUAUAGCCAAGAUACACCCCUCUCAACUUACAUGACAAAUCACAGAUUUUAGGAACAGUUCACAAAGGAUAAGAUUUGUAUGAAAGAUAUCUGUGUCAUCAGUUCUCAUUGUAAAGACCUGUGUCUGGCACCCUCACUCCAAAAGGGAACCGUCUCUCCCUGAUACUCCCUGAACAGAACCAUUAGCUCAUGUUAUCUUGAAUGCUCUUUAGGCUUUAUUACCCAAAGACAUCGUAAAUCUCCUCUGUCAGUGCUAUCUCAUAGAGGCCCAUCCUCAGUGGAACACACACACAAUACUCAAUUCUGUCAAAUGUAACAACUAUUAUAACGUAAUACAAACAUUAUAACAUAAUUUUACAAUUUUCCACGACACCCCUAUCAUGUAGCAGCACAAGGGAGGGGGCAGGAGGGCACCACUAGGCAUUAUGAACUUGAACAUCAUCAACCAGACACAGAAGAUAAUGCAUACUGUUGUCAUGUACAGGGGACCUCCUGUUUUGUGAUAUUCCUGUGGUCUAUGAGAUUCAUUCUAUACAUUCUAUAGAGUUACUUUAGCUGUUCUGAGUAUCCCACUGAAUGCACUGUCUACGUGUCAUGGAGAAGAGCAAAGAUUCAUAGUUUGGCAAGCUACUCAAGCAUGGGUUAUUGUUGAUGGUUCGUUUACUGUUUAAAGGAGAGACAGAGACAGAGACAGGAUCAGUUAAAGUUACAAUUCAGGAAUACCGUGGCUCGACAGCAUUAUGCUUUUGUUAUGUGCAUCUUUUGUGGCCCAGAUCACAAUCCUCAACCCCAGCUAGUGUUACCUGUUGUACAUUGACUUCUUUGAAAAGUAAAAGAUGCAAUGCUCGCUCACCAUUAAAAAAAUAUUUUUUAUUUAAGCAAGUUAAAAAGAUUAACGUUUCGGCCUUCAAUGGCCUUCAUCUUCUUUCCGUUCGUUGACUUCUUAAAGUAUACUAUUUAUAUUUUAGGUUUACUCUUUUACUGCUGUACUUUGUGUAGAUAUUCCAAACCAAAGCAGCUCCGUUGUGCAAUAUUUUGCAUGGCUUCAAAAAAAAAAGUUAUUCCUUCUAGAAUGGUUAUUAGUUUCUGAAGGAGCGUGUGCAGUAAAGGCUGAGCCAAAGAAAGUAUUUUUGUCACUGCUGAUCUUUCAGCUCAGCUGUGCCCUGUAAGAAACAUGUUCUAUUCAAACCUUUAUGUCCUGCAUCUUUAUUAGAUUGAAUAAUGCUAUUGGAAUGAUAUUACUAAGUUAUAAUGGUCAUUAUGGUGAUGAUUAUCCAGACAUAGAAAUUAUGUUUGUAAUGGCUUGUUUUCCCUGUACAUAUAUAUGUACCUGCUGUGAUUUUUGAUGUAUGUAAUGCAGAAAAUUAUGUACGGUGUAUGUUACAGGUUAUUGUAAAGUUUAGACAAGGUUUUACUUGUUCAGGUUUUACUUGUAUUAUCUAUGUAUGAAAGAAUAAUUUUAUACUCGAUUAUGUUUGUGUUUGUAAAAAAAUAUUUUUACGAUUAGACACUGAGAGACAAUCAUUUUAUUAAUAGUUUGUGCCUUGCAGUGUUAUAAUCCUUGCACUUUAGCUCUGUAUUUACCUAGGAUAAAAGACAGAUUCUGCACAUAAAAAAGUUACCCAAAAAGUAA